AUGUACCAGCCAAUCCAGAGCGGCAGACAAGGAUACAAAGAGCUCAAAGAAGUACGUAAUGGUUUGGAACAUGGUAAACCUGUAAUGCGACUUCUUUUAUCCCUUCUGGCUAUCGUAGCCACUUCAUAUCAAGAAGAAACUACGAAAAAGCCUGUUCAUGAAGGUAACACUCCAUUACAACAGCAUCGUGGUCAGGGUGUCGUGAAAAAACCACACCGUGAUCGCCAGUUUCAAAUUCAAGGAGUAGAUGUUCGUGAGGACAGGAGGAAAGCACUCGCUAGUAGGAUUAAGAGACAAUAUGGGCAGCCCGCAUCCUCGUAUAACUAUGGAGCGGAAGCCAUGUCCUACUAUGAACAACACGAGCCAUCAAGGCAAACUCCUAGACCAACUCCACCAACUGCACCAAAUAGGCAAACACCUCCACCACAGACAACUAGGCAAACUGCACCACCGGCGUCAGUGCCACCAACGACAACAACACCUUCACCAGCAUAUCCAUCUCCAGUAGAGGACCACAACCGAAUUGGCGGUGUCAGAACAAAUGUUGCUCGCUACUACUAUCCACCUCGUCGUGCUGUUCCACAUUCACAGUGCUUCUACAAUCCUUCAGGAUACGUCUGCUGCAAUCAAGAACUCAAUGACCUUAUGGUGAACACCUAUAACGAGCUAGAGGCUCGACCAAAAUUCCAUACUUGCAACGUCCAAGCCAUUGUGAACACCUUACAGCAACGCCUCGAAGCCCGCUUCAACGAAACCUUCGAAACAGUAGCCUCUUAUGACGAUUUUGCGCAAAAAGUCCACUUUCGCGGUGAUCUUAUCUGCAAAGUGGAGACUAACGGAAGAUAUCUGCUAGCUUACGUGGCUGCUCGUGGUGUCCAAGAGCCUCAGCUUCCACCUCUUGGAGACUUGGUUAGGCUGGGACCUGUGACCGAAGAACAACAUAACUUCAGCAAAGUCAGAUCGAUUCGAAUCUAA